CGAAUCAAAGUCUCAUCCAAUUACAAGUUGUGAUAAAGACCUAUAUUCUCACGUGACGUCUUUAUCGUGAUCCGACCAUACAUCACCGCAGUCCUACCGAACAAAUUAGAACUAAAGUCAAGUGGAGUCUUUUGGGACCCACAUAGAACUAAAUCGUUGGAUGCUAUCUAUUCACGUGGCGAGAUCUAAAGUGCUAGAGAAUCCGAAUCAACUUUUACACGUAAAGCAUUCAUCUUUUGCACUUGAACAAACUUUUGUGGGAGAGCGUGUGUCGUCUCUCUUCCCUCUCAGCAGAUCACUCCGUUGACUCUGUACCAGCCGGAAAAGAUCGAAACAUUCGGAGCUAACUCGGCAGCCAUGAGCUCGGUUUUGCAGGGAUUUACGAAGUCACUCGCCAUGACUUUCGUGUCGGAGAUUGGCGACAAGACGUUUUUCGCUGCAGCUAUUCUAGCGAUGCGUUAUCCUAGGAGACUUGUGUUGGCUGGUUGUGUAUCGGCUCUAAUUGUCAUGACUAUCCUCUCUGCUACUGUUGGAUGGGCUGCUCCUAAUCUGAUCCCUCGCAAAUGGACGCAUCACAUAACAACAUUGUUGUUUUUUGGUUUUGGGCUGUGGUCUUUAUGGGACGGUUUUAAACAAGGAGGAGGAGGGGGCUCAGAAGAAUUAGCUGAAGUUGAAGCAGAACUGGAUUCUGAUUUGAAGACUAAUGGUAAAGCUACAAAAGACAAGGUUGAAGAUGAAAACAAAAAGCAGAAAAGGCCGUUCCUCACACAGUUCUUCUCUCCAAUUUUUCUCAAGGCAUUUUCAAUUAAUUUCUUUGGUGAAUUCGGUGACAAGAGUCAGCUUGCUACAAUUGGUUUAGCUGCAGAUGAAAAUCCGUUUGGGGUUGUCCUUGGUGGAAUUGUCGCACAGCUACUGUGCACCACUGCUGCUGUGAUUGGAGGAAAGAGCUUAGCGUCUCAGAUAUCCGAACGAAUAGUUGCUCUUUCUGGUGGAAUGCUUUUCAUUAUCUUUGGCAUCCAAUCGUUUCUUACUUCUGUUGAGACCUAGUGCUUCCCCCCCUCCCAAUCAUUUCUUUCUGGUUUUGUAGGGAGAGCUGAAAUGAUGAUGAAGAAAGUUACUAUCCAUAGUUUCUUAGAUAUUUAACCAUGAUACGAGAUGUUUACAAAAGUUAUUACAAAUCUAAUCUGAACUAUUUUCUCCCGUGAAAAAAAAUAUUAAACUUGCCUGAAGCAGCCCCAUCAAAGUAUCUAACAACAGUAAAGUUUUAGUUAAUCUGUGUUUUUUUUGUUAUUUACGAGUGGUUCUUAUAUGUGAAUGCGUACGAAGAGAAAUCUAUAUGAUAUAAGUAAGUAACAGUAUGCGAGAGUCUUUGAUACAAUGCGGUGAAAAUAAAUAUUACCAAGGAAAUAAAUAUUAACAGUAUGUGGCAGCUGUUGUUGUUGUUGCUAA